AAUUAAUUGUACAAAGCGCUUUUAAUUUAAAUUAUGAAUAGAUAUUAGUAAAUUCUUGCAGACAAAAAGUUAAAUAAUGGCAUAGAUAAUAAAUUUUAGUUGAAUUAAGAAGGCUUUUACAGUCCUACUCGAGAUUAUAAAAAAUAUAAAAAAAUGGAAGAAUUUCAAUUACCAGAUAUUAAGAAAUAUAAUUUUUUUCCAUUAAAGACAGAUAAAAGUAAGCAGCCUCCACUCCAUGCUGAUAGUGAACCUACAGCAUUUUAAAAUUAUAAAAAGAGCCAACAAAUAACUUUUAAAAAAAUUGAAGAUAAAUCAUAAAGUAAUAGAAAUAAUGAAUUAUCAAAUAUUCAGCUUUAGUCCAUACCUAAUAGUAGCUUAUGCCAUAAUACCUCUUAAAAUACUCAAAAUCCUCAUAAUUUGUAAAAAUAAAAAAUUGAAACAGAAUACGGAUUAAACAUAAAUAAGUAAAGAUUAAGUUUAUAAAAUAUACUUUAGCAGUCUUCAAAAUACUCAAUAAAGAAUUAGAUUUAAGAAUAGAAUUUAAACGAAGGUAAUUCUGGUUAUAACAUAAUUUAAUCGCACAGAUUUAGAGUGAGUUCCUUAGAAAAAAUAAAGAAUACAUAAAUAGAAACAUUACAGCAGGGUAUUAAUGAAUUGAAUAAAAAUAAAGAUAUCUAUGACUAAUCCCUUGUAGAACCUUUUAAUACAAGUAUAAACUAAAGUUUAAAUAGCUCUUUGCAAAAAAUUAUAGAUUUAAAUAAAUAGCCAAAAUUUAAGAAUAAAAGACAAGCCUGCUCUUAUCACUAUGACUCCUCUUAGAGUUUAAUUAAACAAGAUUCUAAAAUAUUUGGAUUAUCAGAUUUAUAUAUAAAACUAAGGUAAUCUCUAGAAGAAAUAGAUAAAUGUUCAGAUCCUUUAAUAUUUUCUGAAAGAACUGGCUUAAAAUCAAAUAGCCCUGAUUUAAAUUGCAAUCAGAACAAAAAAGUAAUAAACAUGAAUAAGUAAAAACAUGAUAAACUUUAAAGUAUUAAUAACAGCAAUUAGAAUAGUUAUAUAGCUUAGUCUUCAAAUAGCCAACAAAAUGAUCUAAAAGAUACUUUAUAAAAUUAUAUUAAUAUUUAAAAUGAAAAAAUAGAAAUUUAAAUCAAAAACCAAAAUCCUUAUCUUUCUAACUCAAAAAACAACAAACCAUAAACAAUUUAAGAUUAAGCCCAAAAAGAUUUAAAUGCAUCUGAUUGCAACUUAAUCAAGACAGAAUUUAUUGAUAAGAGAACAAAUUAAUAUAGCUAAGUAAAAAAUAUCAAUAAGUAAGACACCAGAGAUUAAUUAUAGCUAGGAAGUACUAAAUUUUUAAAUUUCCUUCCUCAUCAUAUAAAGAAGAAAAAAAUUUAGCUUGGAAUAUAACUACAAAAGGGAAUUUAAAGCCUGUAAAACAAUUUAGCUUCAUUAGACUAAAAAUCUGAAUACACAAGUUAAAAUGUGGUAUAUUCGAGUGAAAUAUACAAGUCUCCUCAAAAUAAAUAAAAUAGAGAAAUUAUAUAAGAAACUUAUUUUCCAAUCUAAACACAAAAGUAGUUAUCACCAGAAAACUAAUAAAAAAAACAUUAGACCAGUUAAAACCUUAAUUUGCAUUCUUAUAAUGGUCAGUAAUACCAAGCAGAUUAUUUUAAAUAAAAAGCUCAGUAAUGCAGCUUGACAUAAUCUUUGGCUAAACAAUAGAAUAGCUAAAGAGUAAAAGAAAAUAAGUACUAUCAUAAUAGAAUGUAAAGUUAGGAUAAAAUUUAUAACGAUUUGCAAAUACAUUCACACAGAGAUUUUACUGGCGAUUAAUAAAUUGGAGUAAAACCUAUAAAGCUAAAAAUAGAAGAAAGAAACUAAUAAUAAAAUUAAAAUAGGUAAACUUUUACAUAAUUCUUACCAUGGGAAGAUCCUAGAACUAUAAAUAAUUCUGAAAUAAAAAAAUAGUAAUUAUAUUACAAGCAAAGUUAAACUUGCGAUAACAGCCCUAAAGACAGUUUAAAAAAAAAUAAUUUACAAUUAAUAGAUAAUUCAUAUAAUUCUUCUCAUUAUGAUAGAAAAUUUAUAGAUUUCGACAUAUAAGACUACUUUUUAUUGAAAGAAAAAGUAUGA